AUGAGCGCCCUGAUCAAGGCCAUUCGGUCCUGCAAGACACUUGCGGAUGAGAGGUCAUGUAUUCAGAAGGAGUCUGCCGCCAUUAGAACAGCGUUCAAGGAGGAGGACACCUAUAUGCGCUACAACAAUGUCGCGAAGUUGCUCUACAUUCACAUGCUGGGUUACCCGGCGCACUUUGGUCAGAUUGAGUGCCUGAAGCUCGUCGCCAGCCCGCGGUUCAGCGACAAGCGAUUGGGAUACCUCGGUAUCAUGUUACUCCUCGACGAAAACCAGGAGGUGCUCACCCUUGUCACCAACUCGCUGAAGAAGUGA